AUGACACAAGUUUUUGGAGCUGAAAUUUCUGGACCUGGAACGUUGUUUGUGCGAUCAGGAAAAUGUGAGUCAGAAGAAAAAGAAAUCUGGAAAUGUAUUGAUGAUUUUUAUGAAGACUUAUUAUCACCACCAUUAGAACAAGAAACACGCGGAUCAAUGUGGGGGUACUUGGUAGCACUUACUCGCAAUUACAUCAGUUCACUUUGCAGUACUUGCAUUCAUGGCUACAAACAAUGUUUACAUGAAGAGAUGACAACAAAACAGCUUAACCUCACGGCAAAAAAAUUUGCUACUAUAUGUUCGCAAUAUUACAAAGUCAACUGGUCCUCUAAGUGCGAUCCCAGAAAUUUAACAGUUUCGGUCUCAUUGCUACAUUCUACUGUAAACAUACCAAACGAUGAUGAUACAAUGUGCGAUAGAAAUUGGAAUAAUCUAAAACAAGGAAUAUCAGUGAUACUAAGCCCACAUUCUUCUGAUAAUUCAAAGGAAUGGUGUAAUGAAUGUACUACGUUAGUUAUGCAUUUUGAAAUCGUGUACCGAUGUUAUGAAAUGAUUCUAAGGAAAUACUGCAACAACUCGGAUUUUGAAAACAGUUCCAACAGUCUAUUGUUCAACAGAAACGAUUCAGCAAAAUCUUCGAAUGGUUUUCGAGUUAUGAAGAAUAGCUUCUUUGUAAUUAUCCUUCAUAUUUUAUAUUUACCUUGGGAUUCAUAA